CUUCAAGUACGAUCCUCGUGUUCCAUCAGCUCUUUCUUCUGAGAUCGGCACGCGUCCAGUUUCUUUUAAUAAAAUCGAACGAAUUGUCUAUAUUUAAUUUAUCCGACAUGUAAAUUGAUUACAUUAUUAUUUGAAGAGGAUAGCUCUUGCUCGUGAUAGUGAGUGAAAUGUGAAAUCGAGAGUACAAGUGUGCUGUUAUUAUUUGUAUAAUUUAACGCGUUAUCUCUCGAGGCUGUUUAUAUUAUCGAGUUUAUUAAACACAUCGAUAAAAUUUGUCAACAACGUAUGAAAUAUAAGAAAAAAAAUGUGACGUUAACUUUUAUCUCGAAAAUCAUGGUAUAUUAUAAUCGUCCGCUAAUUGUACUUAAACUUUUGAAGCCUUUCGAAUGAAAUAACAAACUUUGGAGAAAUAUCGAUUUUCAAGAUGCCCCUCAUGUUAUCGAGAAUACUGUCACAUUCAAACUGCAUUCUAAUGUUGGUAAUAUUCAACCUCGUGUCCUCGGCGCCUUUGAAAUCCUCGAGAAACUCGCCGCUGCAAAACGAUCAAGGCUUCUCGGCUUCGCCAAAGAUCUUGGAGAUCCAACUGCCGCUCAAAAUCGCUUCGAAAGAAGACUUAAUAGCUUGGUCUAAGUACGUAACGGGUUUGAUGGCAUCGAAGAUAAAUUUCGCGUCGAUUUCGAAAAACUCGCCGUCAGUCGAGAAACGAUUUCCCUUUACGAGCAAUUCAGACUCGAGAUCGAAGGAGACGAUGAAGAAGGCACCUCUGAACGAGAAGCGACCAGGUCUGAAUUAUCCGGCGCGAAGACUCAAGGAGCCUCCUGUGCAAAACGCGGAAGAAAAAGUGGUCGCUUACCCUUUGCCCAUGGGAGCGAUGCAAACGACGGCGUCCAAUCCGCAGGACCCAUCUAGUCUUUCUUCCUCGAAUGUCAAUGGACCGAAUAAUUUUGGACAAUACGUGGACUUUAACAUUGGGAAUCCCUUCCAAAAUGAAAUCGAUCCCUUCGCGAAUUUUGAAGCUUACUUGCAGCCGCCUGCCAACAUGUAUCUUCCGUUGCCGCAAAUCGAUAUCCCUAAAUCGUAUCAGAACGCUAUUGAUAAGAACGUAUCCAGCUUCGAGGAGCCGGCGAAAUUUCAGACUACGAGCAAUUCUUUGAAUUUUCACAUCAACGCCCACAAUAACGAGCUUCAACAGGCACUGCCGUUCACCGUGAAUAACGGGUUAAAUGGAAUAAAUCUGUCGCAUGUAGGUGAACCUCUGUUGACUUUUCCGUUCCAAGCAUUGAUUACAGUCACUAAAGAACUUCCGCUAGCUGCGGUGACCUCGAAGAUACAGCAGAAGGAUUACAUCGCGAGCAGAGAUUUUCCGAACGAAUUCCUGCCGUACUUUGAAAACAAUUAUACGAAUGAAUCCGGACAAAUCGUCUUCAAUGAUUUCGCCGCAGAUACAAGUGAAACGAAAACAAAGGGAAAGGUGAAAAAAGGGAACGAGAAGGUGCAGAACACGCAAGGGCAGAAAAAGCAAAACCAGAAAAAGACGUCGAAAACUUCGUCGAAGAAGCAGAAGUCGUCCGUAAAGCGACAAUCGUCCAUACUCGGGGAUUUGUUGAGAAUGUUGGGUGUUCUGCGGAAACUGCCGAAAAAUAGCACUGAGAUUAACGUCGCAACACCUGUCCUUUCUAUCUUGAAAGGUAAUUCGCAGAAGAUACAAGUGGCCUUCGACGAAACGCCGCCUAAUCGUGGGAGAAGUAAUGAAACGUUUCAAGCACAGCAACUGGAUGAAGACGAUGAUGAAAAUGACGAUAACGGGAACGGCGAUAAUGGGAAUGGCGAUAAUGGAAACGGCGAUAAUGGAAACGGUGAUAACGAAAAUGAUGAUAAUGAAAACGAGGCUGAGGGGAAUGGCGAUGAUGAUGACGGGCCGCAAACAGAAUCGCAGGAAGAUGACGAGGAAGAAGAGGGUGGAUCUAUACAAGCUAUUAUCGAUUUAUUACCGUUAGCUGCACCGAUUCUCGAGGAACUUAGUGAUCCGGAAUCCGACGUCGAUAUAGCGGAGGUGCUUCAAGGUGCAAUUCCUCUUCUCGAAGGACUCUCUGAUCCAGAGGAGGAUGGAGUUGAUCUUCCAUCAGUCCUAUUGCCGCUCUCCCAGAAGCUCAGUGAGGGCCCAGAAGGACAAGGCAGCGAUUCUGGCGCUAUUUUAGGACCUAUCAUUCAGCUGAUAGCACCAUUGAUCGGACCUCUUUCGGGCCCCCUGAUCGGUCCGCUAAGUCGUACCAGUAGUGGUCCUCAAGGCGCACAAGGAUCGGCAUCGGCAUCUGCAACAUCGUCUGAGCCUUUAAGCAAGCCGCAGGGAGCAUAUGGGCAAUCAAUAUUGUCGGGUCUUAUCGCCAGUAUCACUGCAAAACUAAGUAAAGAAUCCGUCGCUUCGGCAGAUGAAUCGGACGUGAAAUCUCUAGUAAGCUCGGUUGUAUCAGGCGUGCUCGCUGGUGCCAGCGCUGGUUCGAGCGGUCAUAAAAAAGGUUAUGGUUAUAAUAGAUAUGGUCCAUAUGGUCAAAAUGCCAGCAACGGAUAUGGUCAAUAUAACAGAGACACGUACCACGCGUCUACAUCUCACGGCGAUUAUCAUCCCUACGGCUAUGAUAAACCCAGGGGAGCUCCAUCAUCGGGUCUCGAAGCACUUGCCGCGCCGCUGCAGGAAGUCCUCGGGGCUUUCCUGAAACUGUCAUCCACGUCAUCAUCCUCCAGCGCAAAUCUGUCCGGCGCAUCGUCGAGCUCCAGCACUAGUCUGUCGGCCGGUUCCUCGCAAUCGUCACAUCCAACCACCACGGCAAAACCCACGUAUGGUCCACCCCCAAAACCGCCGCAUUAUGCAUCGCAUCAUUAUUAUGCAGCGCCGCCGGCGCCGCCGUCUUCUUACAAUUCUUACGCACCUGCAUCCACGAGCUCUGCCUACACGUCGUAUGCGCGGAGACAAGUCGCGCGGCAGAAAAAGAAAUUUUGAGUCGCAAAUUUCGCCUGCAGUUUAUCAUUUUAUCGAUUUUUAAAGAAUUACCUUUGCAUGAUGCAAUGAUGAACAAUAUUUCGAUUUGACUGUAAAUGUUCUUAGGAUUACUUUUGGUUUUUGUUACACAAAGCCUCUCUGAAAAAGCUUCAUUCAGCGCAGGUGUCACGGCUAUGGAGCCGGCUCAUGACCUCUCUGAUAAAUCCUAGCAGAGAUUAUCUUGCAACGAACUCAAUACAACUGAGAUCAUGUGGGUAGGUAUAUUAGCUUCUAUGUAAUAAUUGCAAGAUAAUCUAACCGCGCAAGGACAGGUGUCACGUCAUUGCUUUCGUUUUUCUCAUUUAAAUUAUUAUUUCCUGUGAACAAUCUUGUGGCUAAACUGCAGUGAAUAAUUCCGCGCAAAACGAAACACCGCCACUCGCACUUUCAACAUUGAACAUUGUGGGGACAUUGAUUAUAAAUUAUAACUAAUAAUUAAUAA